AUGAACGACGACAUUCCACUUCCUUCUCAUCAUCCGACAUGGCCUACAAACAGAUCACGUUCUCUCGAGGAACGCUCCAAUAAAACGGCUAUAAUGCCGCAACACUAUGGCAGAGCUGGAAGCGAUGAUGGACGUGCUGGACCACCUCAAAAUCGGGUUUUGGGACUUUGUAACAAUUUCGCCUAUGUUGUGAUGCUUAGCGCGGCGAAGGACAUCUUAGAAUCGGAUAGUGGGAGCAGAACUCACAAUGUGACCCAUACAUGUCGAGAGGAAAUUGUAGAUCGACAUUGUCAAAAGUUAUCGACUGGUGCAGUUCUGUUGGCGGAUAUCGUUCCUGCUCUUGUGGUUAAAGUAACAGCACCUCUCUAUAUACAUACAGUUCCAUUUGGGUGCGUUAUAUCCAUCGUAUUUAGCCGUGUUGUCAUCACGAGCUUGGGAUCUGGUUUAGGAGAAGUUUCAUAUUUGGCUCUAGCUUCGUAUUUCGAUGCGCGAGUAAUAUCAAUGUGGUCGUCAGGCACUGGUGGUGCAGGUAUCAUUGGUGCCAUGGCUUAUGCGAUACUCACUGACCGAUUAAUGUUGCACUUCUCACCUCGUGCCACAUUAUGUGGCAUGUUAGUCGUACCAUUGAUGUUCGCCUAUACGUAUGUUUUUGUCGUUAUUAUAAAUUUUUGGUGCAUUCUAGAGCUACCUAGUUCGAUUCACAGAGUCAAUGUUUGUGAUCGAAAAACUUAUUUUGUACCUAUAAGACGCGAUCGUGACUCUCACGAACGACGAAUAUCAAGUCCAUCGGACUCGUACAUUGAGAGACCACUUCUGGAUGAAGAUAACGAAGAUGACGGCCAUUUCACUACCCGAUACCAACGCAGUCUAUCAUUGCGGCAAAAAUUUCGAACGGUCGUCCCAUUGUUGAAGUAUAUGUUGCCAUUGGUCAUUGUCUACUUUUCUGAAUAUUUUGUUAACCAGGGAUUGCUUGAAUUAAUGGAGUUCAAUUGUUCUCAAGGAUUUGGGCUCACACCCGCAAGCCAGUAUCGUUGGUAUCAGGUACUGUACCAAGUGGGAGUUUUUGUCUCGCGAUCUUCAUCUGAGUGCAUCGCGUUGCCUGGGGAAGCAUUACCUGUUCUUGCAAUGCUUCAGGUUUUGAACGCUACCAUUUUUUAUUUUGAAGCGGUUACUGGUUUCAUGUCACACAUUAUUCUGCUUAUGUGCCUUAUCAUCUACGAAGGACUACUGGGUGGGGCCGCUUAUGUGAAUACCUUUAAGGUUAUUCAUCAGGAGGUUCCUGCCGAUCGCAAAGAGUUCAGCCUAGGGUUCGUAUCCAUAUCAGAUACGUUUGGGAUUCUUUUAGCCGGUUUUACUGCCAUUCCUGUCCAUAAUAUUAUUUGCGAACGACCUUUGUAA